AUGACAAUCCUCAGCACUUCGAUCAGAAAUGACUCCAACCUUCGACCAGCAGGAUUUUACAUUGUCUCAUUUUCGUCAUUAAAGUUUAUCGAUUUAUAUUUAAUUUUCCUUGCAGUUCUUUAUAUAGUAACGGUGUUGUCCAACUCCAUUCUCAUUUUCAUUAUAGUGACAGAUCAUCGCUUACACACUCCAAAGUACCUUGCUGUGGCUAAUCUGGCGAUCGUCGAUUUGAUCUUCAGUACAGCCUUUGUUCCUGAGUCGUCUUCACUCAGUGUCCUUGCCUAUGACAGUUUAACCGGCAUGUCAUACGGUUGUAUUUUGACAUCCGUGUUUAGAAUGAAAAGUGUGGAGAGCAGACACAAAGCGCUGGUAACUUGUUCAGAACAUCUCGUUCUCACUCUCUCUUCUGCUCCCAACGCAGACAAGGGCCGAGUUCUCCACAGCGACUAG